ACAACUGCGUCUUCUUGUUAGUUUUUUAUAGUCUUUAGCCCAAUAUGGACGCUGCCUGCUGUUGAAGUUGAAAGAAAUGUUUUAUUUGUUUCGUAUCAAAAAGAGAUUUUAUUAAAAAAAUGGCGCUUGCUGAAGAAACGUGAAAGCGAACUUUGUCUGAGAUGCUAUCUGCUAUAUCUUCAAUAAGAGCUGUGACAUGUUUACAGAGGAUGUGGACUUAUUACACAGCCCUCUUUAAAAACAAACCCCAUCACGGGUUUCAGGGUCGAGCUUUGCAUUAUGCUGCCUACAGACUGCAAUGUUUAUCCCCAAAGACUUCCUCUACCCUAAGUGCUGUGCAACAGGCAAAAACCGCCUCUGAACCUGCAGACGAGGGUCCUCCAUCUCCCCCCACUUGCUGCUGUAUGAGUGGCUGUCAUAACUGCGUAUGGAUCGAGCAUGCCGAGAAACUGCUAAAAUACUACAGCGAUGGUAGCGAGAGAGCUCUGGAGGCCAUCGAGGAGAACAUACUUGAUGACAGCUUGAAGGCUUAUCUUAAAAUGGAGAUCAGGUUACUGAAGAAGCCUCAGUGAGAGUGGACAUGAGUGAGAGCUGAGCUGAAGCAGCCCUUUGCAGAAGAAACCAAGACAUUUGCACAGUUAGCACAAUUUAUAUAAGACUUUCAAAAAUGUGUCCAGGUCAUUUUUCAUCCAUUUAUAAUCGUAAAAUAUUAUUUUCAUAACAUUACAUUUAAGCAGGUUGUACCUCAGUAAUAACAUUAUUUUUAUUGCAAAAUUAUUAUUUAUUUAUCAUUCUAGUGUUGUUUUUAUUAUUAUUUCAUGCAAUUAUUCAUUUUAAAAUCAAAAAGUGGGCAGCUCAAUGGGUAGCACUGUUGCCUCACAGCGGAGUUCUGGUUCAAGGCCUGGCUCAUUCAGGAGGUCUUUCUGUAUGGAGUUUGCAUGUUCUUCUGGUGUCAGCGUACACCAGGUACUCAGGUUUUUAUCUCACAGUCCAAAAACAUGCAGGUAAGGGGAAUUGCAGAUGUCAAAUUGCCCUUCCCACCAUGAAUAUAGCCACAGAUGUUGGAAUGGCAUUAAAAAUGAAAAGUCAGCAAUGUUACAAUAAAGAAAAGCUAAUUACCAGCAUUGACUAAGAAAUGUUAAACAUGGGAUGCAUUUCAGUAACUAUUUGUUAGAAAUAGCUUAAUUGUUUGUGAUUUGUUUUUCUUUUGAUGUUGGAUAACAUGACCUGUUAGAAACUACUUGAGCAUUUGUGUAUUUUAUUAUUUUAUUGCAACAAUUUUUCAGUGCCCUGUCUGUUUAUACAGAAUUGUGAAUUUUUAAGAUAUUUCUUAUCAGUGUUUUACAGGACAGACAGAUGUCAGACUACACCCAUAAAAAGGCCUUGUAAUCUAGAAAAGCAUGAUCUUAAAAAUGUACACCUAUAUAUUUAGAAGAAAUGUUGUACUUAAUGUCAGUAGUGGCUGGUGACUUCUUUUUUCGAGGGUGCUCGAUGCGAAGUUCGUCACAACAUGUAUGUAGCCCGUCAUGUGUGUGGUUCGUAAUUUCAAAAUAUGUGUUCUGCGUGUCGAGUGAUCCUAUGUGCAUCACGUGAUUUGUCAAAAUAAGUGCCUGCUGCAGAUGCGUCUAAAGGGUUUUUGAUAAAAGAGACGCUCGCGUUUGCCAGAUACUCAAAUAAUCUCAUGCAUAAUCAGAGUUUAGUGUUCAGGUAGUGUCUUGCGUGUAUUUUGUGAACGUGAGCGUCUCUUUUAUCAUAAACGGUUUUGACGUAUGUGCAGCAGGCACUUAUUUUAACAAAACACGUGAUGCACAUGGUUCACAUGACGCAACAAACACAUACUUUGUAAACAUGAGCAACACACAUGACACUCUGAAAACAUAUUUUGAAUUUGGGCCCCUCGGAAGAGCAGUCGCGAGC